CUAUAUAAACAACCCCUUCACCUCUACAAAUUUCACAAAAGUGAGCCUUAACCAUCUCCAUUUUUUCUGAUACAUAUACAUACAAUGGGUGUCACCAGUUACAGUGAUGAGCACACUUCCACAAUCCCUCCAGCCAGGCUAUUCAAAGCCUUGAUUAUCGACUCACACAAUCUCGUCCCAAAACUCAUGCCAUUGGAUAUUAACAGCAUCGAAAUUACAGGUGACGGAGGAGCUGGCAGCAUCAGGCAGAUCAACUUUGCUGAAGGUAGCAAAGUGAAGUACAUCAAGAACCGUGUCGAUGAGCUCGACGAGAAGAACUUCUCAUUCAAGUAUAGCUUGAUUGAAGGUGAUGGACUAAUGGAGAAGCUUGAGAAAAUCACAUAUGAGGUUAAAUUUGAGAGCACUGCAGAUGGCGGGAGCAAAAACAAGAUGACAAGCACUUACUACACCAAGGGUGAGUUUGAGCUAAGUGAAGAGGAAGUUAAGGCUGGCAAAGAAAAGGCUUUGGCUAUGCAUAAAGUUGUGGAAGCCUAUCUUCUUCAGAAUCCGGAUGCUUAUGCUUAGUUAAACAUCUCUGUCUUGGAGAUGAGAGUUUGUUAUCAAGAAUUUAUCUGUGUUUCGGUGUGUUAAAAAGACUCUAGCUUUUAGCAUGUGUUUUGGUAUUAUUGUGUUAAUAAGGAUUGGAAUCCAUUCUUUGUAACGUAUUUUCUUCCUUGAAUGUAUCUGUAGAACAGGCAAAAGUA